AUGACAGAGCGGUGUCGAUGCUGGGGCGCAAAUGUUGAAAUAAAUCAUAUUGCUUCCUCGCUGCCUUAUUUCCUCCAUAAUCCCGUACCCGGAAAGAUCGGGGAAAUGAACAGAUGUUGUGUUGCCUGUGCCGAAUCCAAACUCCGAUGCGAUCUCAAAAACGUCGAUCAAACUUGUUCGCGAUGUCGGCAAAGAGGUUGGUCCUGCGUGCGUGUUGAGCGCAAGAAACGUGCGCGAAGGUCCAGGGGCAUCAGCUCCAAUCCAUCACCACAGACGGGAAGUGAGGAUGGGCCUUACCAGGUUGCAGACUUCGCGAGUGAACAACCCAUCGACCUGUCAUUCUUAGAGGGGUCUUCACCUGACGACGACGAUUUCCUAGCCCAGCUGGCUGAUCUUGAACAUUCGGUCUUUAUGAACUCUUCUACUUGGACGCCGCAAGAAUUCCCUUCAAUCAUGGGGACCCCCACCUUUUCUCAGAACAACUUCGGCGCGCCAACAUAUGAUGUGAUCACACCAGACGUAGCAGUUCGUGGAGGAUUUUUGUGCCCGGAUAAUUUUCGACUUCCUGCCGACUUUACAUUGGAACUAGGAAACUCGAUAUCUAUCCCGGUGCAUCGACUUGAGAGGUACGCAAGGCUGUUUUUUGAUCAGUUCCACUCUGCCUUCCCGAUACUGCAUAUCCCUACCUUCUGUCUGGCAACAUCCUCUUCGACGCUUGUUAGAUCAAUCCUUAUCAUCGGCGCCGGCCUUGACAGUGACGCAACGUCUCAAACAGAUGCAAAGGCAUUCUAUGCGCAUCUCCCCUCCAUGUUGGCUAAAUGCUGCCUUCAUAGCGACAAAACACCACCCAAGCUUGAAGACCUCCAAGCGCUUGUCCUCUUCCAAUACGCGAGUAUGGUGAAUGAGGGAAGCGCUGAACGUGCGGCGUCGCGACUUCUUCACCCGCUACUUGUUGCAACCAUACGGCAGACGGGAUUUCUAAAAGUGCACGGGGAAUGUACCAAGGCUCCACGAAAUGCACAUGCAUGGAAAUCAUGGAUUCUGAAUGAGUCCCGGAAGAGAAUUCUUUGGGGGGUUUUCUCGGUGGACUGCUAUCAAUCUAUAUUAUGCGGCAGUAAGCCGCUUCUCUCGCCUACAGACACGCGGGCCUCUUUCCCUUGUGAUGACUCAAGCUGGAACGCAUGUUCUGCCUCUUUAUGGGCCGCACUUCCAGCACAAGAUCCGAGCAGCUGUUUUUUAUCCUCCAUCAAAGGCUUGAUGGGUGGACAGACUCCCUCGCAGUCAAAUUUAACCGAGUUCGGCAUGAAUUUGUUGAUCAUGGCAGUGCAUUCAUUACUGUUGGAAGCUCAGACGUCAAUAUUGCCUGUGGAUAUCUCUGUUCUCGAGAGGGCACUGCACACAUGGUACAUGUCGUGGGAGAAGCUUAAAGGGCAUUUCCAGCGCCAGUAUGAACCGACUGCAGGGGGUCCCAUUAUCACAAAUAGUCUUUCACUCUACUAUCUGGGAAUCCAUUUCUUGAGGAAUGGGCGCCCGAUACUAGGUGACAGUGCUUAUAUGGAGAGGUCCAAGGACUCGGGGAAUCCUUUAAUUAUUCGAGAACAAGUCUAUCAAGAUGAAAUGACGCGAUGUGUUCGAGAAAUGCUUGACGAGAUUCGGAAAGGAGGGUAUGCAACUUUGCCUUUUUAG